AUGAAACUCGCCCUAUGCCUCCUCGUCGGUGCUAUCACGAGUACAAUUGCGAAUGCUGGUUACGCAUCCAAUUGUCUCCUGAAAUGUAGCGACAAGAACGAGCCCGUCUGUGGAUCCAACGGUGUCACGUACACGAACGAGUGCCUUCUGAAUCUCGCGAAUUGCGAAAGCUCCGAACCGAUUACCAAAGUGCACGAAGGAGGGUGCAUUAACGCAACAACGCCACUUUCACCGUAUGAACCUCCUUCCUGUCCUGACAUGUGCCCUGCAAUCUACGAUCCUGUUUGUGCGUCUAAUGGCUUGACCUACCCGAGUGGCUGCGCACUUGGUAUUGCGAGCUGCCAGAGUGGAGGUGCCAUUACCUAUGUGUCCGACGGACCAUGUUCUGACACUGAAUCUAGUCCAUCUAGUUGCUCAGAUAAGUGCAUUGAAGUGUACAGGCCGGUUUGCGGUACGGAUAACGUCACAUAUGGUAACUCGUGCUUUUUAGAGUUUGCAAGCUGCAAAAACGCCAGUAUUUCUUUGGCUUACGAAGGGGCCUGCAAUGCAAAUGGAAACAAGGAUUGCGAAACAAGUGAUACUUCGACUGCAUCUGAUCACUUAUUCAAAUUCGUGCUUUCUCGCUAUUGCCAGCUGUAA